UCUACCUGACUGCUCCACCUCAGUUAUUAGAGUCUGGGACUCUAAUAAAGAUUGUACAGAAGGACUGUCCAGCGACACGCCUACGAGAAAUAGAAAGUAACAAUGCUGAACAUCUUAAAUGUUAUCGUAAUUUUCUCUCAGAAAGAAAGAUAAAUAGAAUACUUGUUGGUUAACCCCACCUAUUUCUACAGUAGAAAAGUAUUACCUGUUAGAGCGUCGAAAAUCGAUUGCGCCAUAUUUUUCGAUAAUCUUAACGACUCAUUUUAAACGAAACCAACGAUCAGGCCUCUCAUGAGUCGUUCAAUAUGAAGAAAACGAGGAAAUACCAAGUCGAAAACAUACCGAGAAAUUCUACGCCCUGGCAGCGUUGUUGCUGACCAGACCAGCGAAUGAUAAUCGAUAUGUCGACUGCUGAGAACGAUUCUAACCUCAGCUGGGACAAGUAGUAUUGCAGCGCCAAUAUUAAGAAAGCCAGAGUGUGGAACAGGUUAUACUUAUCUACAAAAGACGCCGAAUAUUGUGAUCGUACGAAAAGUGUGAAUAUUGUUUUCGAGUAUUUCUUUGGAAAAAGAUUAGGAAAAAUGGCAGCAGUAUUGCGUGUGAAACGUAGACACGAUGACGAGCCAUUAAAUGCACUGUUAAUUGCAUGUAAACGAAUGAAAACUUCAGAAAAUGAAGAAGUUGAAGAAUCGACUACAGCUAGUCCACUAACCACAGUUGUUAAGUUCGCUGGAACUGUUAAAAAUCAGGAAAGUAAUGUUGUUGAACACUUGAUGCAAACUUUGAAUAAAGAUAAACUGAAGGAGACUUUCAAGCAACAUCCGGUGGAUAUUAUAAAUAAAAUUCGAGAAAAGGCUAAACUAGCUUCAGCAGAAAAUCGUUAUAAAGUAAUCAGUUGUAUUAGAUCUUUGGAUAAUGCCAAGCUUCAAACAUUUGAAGACAAGAUCAUGACAGUGAUAGAUGUAGAGGAUUCAGUUUCUUGUGCUAAUGGAAAAGAGCAGGCUAUAGAAAAAGAUGAUGAUUAUGUAUAUGAUUUGUACUAUGGGCAAACUGAAGAUGAAGUUUAUAUAGACGAUAAGGUAUCUGUGCACCCAUUUGAUCAAGAAUUAGUAUUUGAGACUUACAGGGAUUAUCAAGAGGCUGAAUACGAGUCAGAGGAUUCUAACUCUGAAUCGAAUUGGAGGAAUGAUUAUCCUGAUUCAGAUCACUCUGGAAGUUCAAUCGAUGAAGACUGUAUGAGAGAGGCUGUUCUGAACAUGAGGUCAGGCGAAGAUUCUGAUUUAUCAAGCGACGAUGAUUUUGUUUAUGCAUACAGUGAGGCAGAUGUAAAUGCUUAUGGUUACAAAUAUGCAAGGUAUAAAGCAAAGAUGCAGGAAGAAUUUGGCGAAGACAAUUCUGAUAAUAGUAACUCUGAUAAUAGUAAUUCUGAUAACAGUAAUUCUGAUAACGAAGAAUGUGGAAUUAACGAAUCAGAUAAAUUAGAUUCUAGUGGGUUUUAAUAUUAAGUUUGUUAGUGAUAUUGUCAUAUAUUUAAAUUAGAAGAAUACGAGGUAUCACAGAUGAAAUGUAUAUAUAAGUCUUUUCUAUUGCAUAAGUAUGAAUAGCAAAACAUGACUUCAGUGUAAUUGUUCUUUGCUAUAACUAUUUUUGUAAAGUCCCAAGUCCUAUUCAACUUAAAAUAAUUUCAGUAAGUAAAUAAAUAUGUCUUGUUUUGUACUGAAAAUGUUUUUUUGUUUUAAAUAGAUUUACAUUUAAAUUGCUAUUAUUUUCUUGCAUUAGAAAUAAGGAUCAUAAAGGUCUUAGAAUUUUAUUUAUGUUUAUAUAUUUAUUACAUAUUUAUAUAGAUAUAUUUUGCGUGUAAAAUUCAUCUAUCAAAAUAAAAAUAAUAAAAAUAAUCCUAGGCGUCAAAGUGACAGAGGAGGGUGUAUAGGUAUUUAGAAAAAGAAUCGUUUUCAUCGACGAUAUAUGGCAUAUAAUAAUACACCAGAUUUAUAAUGUAUAACAAAUUGAUUGGAA